AUGGAUGUCAAUACCGUUUUCCUGAAGGAUAUGCCCUUCAUGUUAUCAGUAGGAAAAGAUGCAUGGAACCGUGAAAACAAGCCACAGCCCGUCAGUAUCACCCUUCGAGUCAACAACGUCAAGUCAAUCCAUGAUGUAGCUGCUUCCGAUGAUAUCAGCCAGAGUCUUGACUACGGCAAGUUAUAUAAAAAUAUCCAGAGCAAGCUGGGCAAUCCUGGAGGUCACGACUGCCUUUCAGAUAUUGCUAAGCAAGUCCUCGCAGCCGUCGAGGUACCAGAGACCAGCAGCUCUGUCGAGGUCGUUUUUCCUAAAGCUGCUCUACGAGCCGAGGGCGGCUUGAGGUCUAUUGUCAACUGGGACAAAGACCGAGAUGUCACGAAUGUCUAUCAGACCUUGCAGAUUCUAGGAAUCAAAUGUGCCUGCGUUAUUGGCGUCAAUCCACACGAGCGAAGGGAGAAGCAGAUCGUGGUUGUGAACUUGACCUUCAGAAGCACAUCUAAUACGAAGGAGGCCACCGCAGUAGAGAUCGCACUGGACAACUAUCACGAAAUCAUAGAAAUGGUCGUUAAGUUCAUAGAAGGAUCCUCCUACCAGACAGUCGAAACAUUAGCCAACCUAUUAUGCAAGCAAAUCACGAUGCAGUGGGACAUUUCUGAGGCCGAAGUCUCAGUCGAAAAGCCUUACGCUAUCCCCAGUAUUGGGGCAGCCGGCGUGUGCAUACGGCGAAGGAGAUCUUUCUACGAGAAAACGGGCUUCUGGAAAGUGAAGGUACAGCAGCAGUCGCAGCAGUCAUAA